CUCAGCAGCAGCAAAGCACAAAUGUUCCCAAACUGAAUCAGCCCCAUAUCAGCCCCCCACUGUUCUGGCCGCUUCUCCCGUGGGUUGUUUUCUGUUCAUUCAGUGUAAACGAGGGCAAGUAGCUGGAAGUAACAUUUUCAAGAACAAGAAUCUGGGAAAGCGUCCCAAACCUGAAGGGCUUAUUCCGUCGUGUGAUACAUUCAUGACCUUAUGUCUGUCCGUGCAUCAGCCAUGAGUGUCCUUCCUCCAAUCAGACGAGACCGCAUCAUUGCUCAGCUCCCACAGUGUUUCAGGAAAGAGGCUGCACUGCACACCAAAGAGGAAUUCAACAACAAAGUUAAAACUGCCUGUCAGGAACAGCGCACUGGUACUGUAGGCAGAUUUAAAAUUUCAAAGGUCAUUGUUGUGGGAGAUCUCGCUGUGGGUAAAACCUGUCUGAUCAAUAGAUUUUGUAAAGAUACUUUUGAUAAGAACUAUAAAGCAACAAUUGGUGUUGACUUUGAGAUGGAGCGGUUCGAGGUGCUGGGUGUACCGUUUAGCCUACAACUAUGGGACACUGCAGGCCAAGAGAGGUUCAAGUGCAUUGCUUCUACAUAUUACAGAGGUGCCCAAAUUGUGAUAAUCGUGUUUGACUUAACUGAUGUAGCCUCAUUGGGUCAUACAAGACAAUGGUUAGAAGACGCCUUAAAGGAGAAUGACCCCACUAGUGUCCAACUCUUCAUUGUUGGGACAAAGAAAGACCUGAGUUCACCAGCUCAGUACACCCAGAUUGAACAAGAUGCCCUUAAAAUUGCACAGGAGAUGAGCGCUGAAUAUUGGGCAGUUUCUUCACUUACAGGGGAGAAUGUAAAAGCGUUUUUCUUUCGAGUGGCAUCUUUGGCAUUUGAGAUGAACGUUCUUGCAGAGCUGGAGAAAAGUGGAAAAAAGCAAAUUGGAGAUGUUGUCAGGAUAACCAGCAACUCCAGUAAUCUCUACAGUAUGUCAAAAAAGAAACAGUCGGGCUGCUGUCAGUGAGGCUGGGAGGAGGAGGAGGAGGAGAUUGGUACGAGUGUAUUUGUGUCUGUGGAAAGGAAAAGCUCUGAGCGCAUGGGCCGGAGGCUGACUCAAAUUCACUUUUUCCUUUGGCCUUGGAUUCUUCCAUGAGCUGUGCAUUUUUGUGGCCUUUCCCUUUUUUUUUUACUCUAUUUAAAUGACCCUUCAUGCAAUUACAGAGUAUAUACGAUUAUUAAAAAUAGCAUAUUUUGCUUAAGACUGACAGGAGCUGCUAGUAUUAUGGAUUAGAUCUCUAAUGUUUACUACAGGAUAAUAUGCUGCUAAGGUUAAAGGUACCAUUGCAUUCCUGUUCUAUUUUAUAAAGUUUUAAGAAUAGUAGUUCAUCCCAUUACAUUUCAAUAAUGAUGACAUUAUCAAAUUGUAGAUAUUUUAAAAGGGAAGAUUCUCCCAUGUUAUUUAAAAAAUAUUGAAGCCAGCGACAGUGUUGUUUUUAAAUACAUUUAUGCAUUUUGUGUCAAAGUAUGUGUUAAAAAAUAAAAUAUUUCUAUACAAAAACUAUAA